AUGCGUUCAUCAACUGUCUUGUCACUCGUUGCUCUUGCUACUCAAGCGCAAGCCGUCCAACUCCGUAAAACAGAGUUCAACGUGUUGGUAUCUUCGAGACCAGCCCUCAUUCUGUUCACUGCAGACGGCUGCAAGGAAUGCGAUAGAGUUCAAGCAGUGCUGGACAGGGUGUCACCAGUACUCACCCAGACUGCUAUUGCUUCUGUAAACUGCAACGAUGAACCAACUGUGUGUGAUGACUCGCAGGUCUUCACUGUGCCCACGUUGAAGUAUACAGCCGGCAAUAAUGAGUUGGUCACUUACAAAGAAGCUUUAGACGCGUCAUCGAUUGUCAAAUAUAUUGAGCGGCAAUCGGGUUCUCCCGUGGUAGAUCUUACCAAAGAGAACCAUCUCGAUUUCGCGCGGUCAUCUAGAGUUGGAGUCGUUGCCUUUCUUGGUUCAGAGCAUCAGCCUGAGCGCAAGACGUUUGACGCUGUUGCCGAAAGAUGGCGAACGCAUUACAAUUUUGGCAAUGUCCAUGGCCUUGAGAAAGAUGGCAAUGGCCCUUCCAUCGCUGUUUAUACACAAGAAGAAGAGAAUCCAGUUUACUACCGCGGACCUUUCACCGUCCCUGACAUCGAGGCCUUCUUACGCGAUGCAACCCAGCCGCUUAUUCGCGAAUAUGACCCUAUCGUUCAUGAGGAAGCGAUGAAGGAUGAGAAACCGCUGGCCCAAAUAUUUUUCAGUGAUCGCGAUGAUCGAGCUGAGCUUGCCAAGUCUCUGGCUCCGCUCGCGAAGAAGUAUAAGGACCAGCUUUCCUUCAUGACAGUCCUUGCGCCUGACUACCCCAAGAGAUGCGAGCAGAUGCAUCUUAGCAAGGAGAUCAAGCGUGGUUUUGCCAUCGCAAAUCAGCAGGGCAGAGCAUAUCCCAUGUCUGAAAAGGUGUUCAAUGCCAAUAGAGUCGCCAAACAUGUAGCUGCUUACCUGGUUGGCUUAUUGACGCCGAGGAUCAAGUCUGAGCCAGUACCUGAGCAGUCUACUGAUCAGCCUUUCUUGACAAAGUUGGUGGGCAGUAAUUUCGACGACUUGGUUUUUGACAAGUCUAAAGAUGUCUUGGUUCAGUUUUACGUACCGUGGUGCCAAUACUGUAUUGAUCUUCAUGCUGUGAUGAACGAGCUUGGGUCCAAAUACGCAAAGCUUGGGCUUUCUGACAAAGUCGCCCUGGCAUCUAUCAAUGUCGAUGCGAAUGACGUACCAAUGGAGAUUGAUUCAUAUCCUUCCAUCAGAUUAUAUCGCCCCGGCAGAAAUGAGGUUGUGUCUUUUAAGGGUAAUUUCACUGAAAUGCUGACGGUUGAACAACUCGAUGCUUUUGUUGCUCGGAGCGGAAGUCAUGGGAUAAAUCCCUCUGGUCGCGCAAGUUCUAUCGAAUCAUAUUUCGGAGGACUGAUGGGCAACAAUUACGGCAUUGGCUUCACGAUUCAAUCAGGACUGAGCGAUUCAACAAUCCCUUCACCUCUGUUCGCCGACCUAGACCAAGAUUUCAACGUUGAGGAGAUUUCGCUCUCAAUCAUCCAUCCGAGAUCACCGAUAUGUCGUUUCGCUCCACUUGAGAACAAAAGUCCUCCAGCCAAAAGUACUUCUGGAAUCUAUCACCCUUUGCCUGAGAGCAGUACCUUCAGACUACUGGAGAUCCUCGCUGGUGAUGGUGAUGUUCAGUGCAAGCUUCACGUAUGCGGCCUGCAAGAAACCGAGGCGGCAUAUGAAGCUCUAUCAUACACCUGGGGCAAGGCAGAUAUGUCCAGCCACCGAAAGAUCGAGAUCAUCUCCAAUGACACGAGUCACUCUAUGUCUGUCUCCGGUAGUUUGUAUAUCGCCUUACGAGAGCUUCGGAGGAGCAAUGCAAGCAGAGUGAUAUGGGCUGAUGCUAUCUGCAUCAACCAGGAAGAUGUCAAAGAGAGAGGCCAGCAGGUAGCGCUCAUGGGAAAAAUCUUCAGUACCGCUUGGCAGGUCAUUAUAUGGCUAGGUGAGGAGAGUGACCGCUGUAUGUGUGGAAAGACGAUCCUUGGGACAUCUCUUUUUUCGGUCGCAAACGCCUUUUCGGGCAUAUGCUCAGUCGUGAACGGUUGGCUCGCUCAGGCCGGUCAAGAGACCCUCGAAGCAACCUACUCGGAGAUCUCAAAAUUGGGCCAAUCCACCUUACAUCGCGCCAAUACUGACGGCGUUGAGGAGGGCCGCUCUGCCAUGGGGCAGCUUUUCGGGCGGCGGUGGUUCUCUCGUAUCUGGGUCCUGCAAGAAGCUGUCCUAGCUAGGCAUGCUAUCGUCCAACUCGGCUCGUAUCAGAUUCCGUGGGAGUGGGUUGGGCUCGCCGCAGCUAUAGUGGUUCAUAAGCCGGAGCUGUCGUCCCGUGGCUAUGGGCGAGACGUGAUCCCUACUGGAACGAUGAACAGUUAUCUCAUGUAUCGGCUAUCUAUUUCGCAGAAAUGCUUCCCGCGACUGAAAUUCUCGUUUGCACAAUUACUCCAAGUUUCUCGAAAUUUCCAGAGCAAAGAGCCCAAGGAUAAGAUCUAUGGCCUCUUGGGUAUUGAAACAACAGACUCUAUUGGCAAACGGAUUGUCCCAGACUAUCGGAAGACCACUACUUCGGAGAAGGUAUUUGAGGAUGUUGCCAGACUUGUACUUACCUCGGCGUCCCCGCUGACGUUCCUUUCCGGAGCUGGGACGUUUGGAGACUUUUAUUGCUCGGGGCCAUCGUGGGCGCCAAGCUGGCAUGAGCGCCGGCCAUGGACAAUAUUACCGACCAAGCAGAGUCCGGGCUUUCAAUGUGCAUCUGGUACUUCAAUGGAGCUCAGCCCUGGUAUGAAGGCAAGAGAGCUGGUCCUCAAAGGCGUGAUCAUCGAUCAAAUUACCUCCAUGCAGGAGCACCGUGAUUAUUGGGGCAUUUUCGACACGAACGACAAGAGCCGCGACAUUCUUCUAAAUCAGCCACGAUGGAGCAAUGAAGCGUGGAGAAAGUGUGCCAUCACUUUAUCGUGUGGCGGCGAUGGGAAAGCAUAUCCUAUUGAUAAUGAGGCCGCGCAUCUCGCUGAUCUAGCUGCUUUGGUCCUCUCAGGAAGUGCCCACUGGAUCAUCAGAGAUCUUAUCGCUCUUCGAGAUGUUAUCGAGCCAGAAGGCGGCGAUAAGACGCAGGCUGAGUACCUUGAAGAGAUAGUUGAAGGCGGGAGUUCUCGUCGAUACAUCAGUGCCGUGGAACCUGUUCGAGAUUCGUAUAGGCUGUUUAAGACGGCGUCGAAAGACUUUGGGGUUGGGCCCGUUGAUAUGAAGAUUGGGGAUAAGGUUUGUGUACUGUUUGGUGCAGAAGUUCCAUUUUUGUUGAGGCCGAAGGGAGAUGGGUACGAGGUAAUUGGGGAGUGCUAUGUCUAUGAUCUAAUGCAUGGCGAAGUCCUCGAGAAACUUGCUGCUGACCCAGACGGGCAAUUGAAGGCUGAAUGGAUCAAACUCAUCUAG